UCAGCUGAGUGUUUACAGUGGUCAGCUGGAGGACAGCCAUCGAUUGCCACUCUUAUUUGGCAGCUAAAGGAAUGACUGACGUGGCUCUUAUUUGACGACAGGAGGAGUGAGGGAGGCAGACGACCCCUCCCACAGGAUCUGAGGACGUAUGUGAGGAGUCUGGCAUGACGUCCUCCAGCUGCUGGCAUAACUCUCCUACCGCUCUCUCUUCCCUUCACAAACACUCUUCCCUUUCCGAGUCACCAAACCAACCUCAAAGAACCUAACACAAGACCUCAAGACCCCUCCGUAUGUUUGGGCGAAGUGUAGCAUCUGGGUGUCUGUGCGAGGGAUGCAACUUAUAUCUUGGAGGGAGUCGAGAGCUCUGCAGUUAUUACAAGUGAGGGCAGUAGUGGGUGGCUCAGGGACGUCGAGGCAAGUGUGGGGCGACUAGGGUUCUCACACACGUGGGUCAACUGGCCACAACGGGACGACGCCAGACAAGAAACAGUUCUGCGAUGUAAAGUGAAACGGCGCUUGUUCUUCCCGCAGACUUUCUCAAGACGGGUAUUUGCCAUAGAGCGGAAUGCAUAAUAAAGGAAUGCAAUAGAAUAAGGAAGUGUGAAUAAGCAGAAGGAGGAGGACCUACGAAGCGAUACAAAGCUAAAUAGAUCAAAAGAAGAAGAAGAAGCAGCAGAAGACGAAGGAGGAGGAAAAGGAGAAAUAGUAAUAGAAGAAGAGGAAGAAGAAUAACUGAAACCUCCCUUACCAGAACUGCAUCUAUCAGCGGAAGCGAGGAACUCUGCUGAUAGGGACCAUAUCCGACUCCAUAGUAAAGGCAGAAUCAGAGAAUUGCGUACUCCUCUACUCGUUCUUGUGCCCAUGAAUGCGUGUGAGAGUGGAUGUUGAAACCUGAAACACGGGAAUCAUGACCUACAUCGAUUUAUCACCAACGAAUGUACGCCUAAGGGGGUGAGAGGGUGAAGGGGUGAGGCUAUCGGCGCUGAAGGAAGAGUAGGAGCCGCCGAAGAGUGUGAGGAAGAUGGAGAUGAGCAAUGUGAGUGUCCUGGUGGUGAUGGCGGCGGUGUUGCUGAGUCAGGUGUUGAUGCCCUACCUCCGGGGGCCUCUCGCCUACAUGCAGCCCGACCUGGUCACGUGGUUGCAGGAUAGUGACCUCGAACACCUCGCCUCAGCUUUUGUUGACGAAGGGGUGUGGCGGUUGGUGGACGUGGUGGAGAUGGGCCCCCUGCGCGGCGUACCACUGGGGGAGCAGGAGAGGGCCGCCGCCGCCGUUUACGACCUCAAGCAACGCCUCAUUCUGCAACACUUCAUGCAGCAGAAUGGCGCCGAUGCCAGCCUGCCCAGACUGGAGACCCUGGGCGUGAGGAGUCUGAAGGAGGCCGUGUAUAUGGCAGAAGCCUUCCCCUUGGAGUUCACGGAGGAGCGGGACCAGCACCUUCAUGACCUGCUCCACGGCCUGCCAAGGGAUAAGAAGGAGCUGGAGGUGCUGGGGGAGGAGGUAUGGACCCAGGUGGCCGCUAUGCACAACCUGCCCAGUGCUCGCUUCGGCUUCUUGCCCACGGUGUUAUGUGGUGUGGGGAGUGUGGUGAUCCUCGGGUUGGUGUGGGUGAUGACUCGACGCAGCGCUCCAAAGCCGGGUCUGCUCCACCUCUUCACUGGAAAGUACCUCCACCCCCAGCGCUGCUCCACCACCUUUCAAUGGGAGGACCCUGCGCCUGUUGGUACCACCGUCUCCUUCACCGUCCAGUUCUUCCAGAGGAAUGGCCGGCCGUACCCAAUCAGUGAUGCAGACGGAGUGCUGGUGGAGGUGACGCAGGGCAUCCACAAGGUUGGAGUUGUGACAGAGCUUGGAGGGACGGGGGAGACGGAGAUCAACACUGCUCGGUGCAAGUUCACGGCACGGCAGGCCGGCCAGUACAAGGUGUCCAUCCUGCUGGCCAACCAGCACAUCCGGGGCAGCCCCUUCGUCAAGCACUUCCUGCCGGGGCCUCCAGACCCCAGCAAGAUUGUGAUGGUGCAGCAUUGCUCCACUGUGGUCUGCACAGCGGGGCAGCCUCACCACAUUCUCAUUGAGCCUCGGGACCAGUACCACAAUGUGUGCUCCUUCCCGCCGGGGCGCCCCGACACCCACAGCUAUGCCAUCUCCGUGGUGGAGCUGGAGGGGGGUUGGACGGUGGACCCGGGGGCAGUGAUCCUCUACGACCACACGUCACGCCGGGUCAGCAUCCAGGUGACCCUCCAGCACCCCGGCUGCUACCGGGCCCACCUCACCUACCGCUCCACCACCCUCACCAAUGGGACCUUUGACAUCAUCGUUCUCACAGCAGAGGAUUCUCAGCGUGUGCAGCGCACGGUCAGCCGGCGGGCACACGAGGGGCACGAGGCAAGGCUCCUGGCCUACAAUGGAACCUUGCUGAACAAACCAAAAAAGGUUUACUGUUAUGUGACUCCAAAGCAGCUUAUCAUCAAGGAGUUCGUGCUGAAACUGAUCCCCAAACGAGUUUGCACCUUCAGGCUCUGUCCCUCCACCAAGUUCCUGUUCACCGGCACCAACAACCAGAGCGGGCUGCCCACCAUGAGCAUUGAUGACGGCUGCCAACCGCUGGUGUGUCUUGCGGGCCGUGACCGCAACGUUGUGGCUGCCACCUUCACACAGUUUAUGCUCAAGAAUAUUGGUGGCUCAGAGACCUUUAAGGACAAACAAGAUCAUUUCUACCAUGAGGUGCGAAAGUUCCACAGCAAGCGCAUGCAUGACCGGAUCCCAGUGACAGUGGUGCGUGAACGCCUGCUAGAAACUUCCAUGAAGGCCACCAAAAGUUUUACUGUUGCUGACUGGUGUAGAAACUUUGAAGUAACCUUCCAGGGAGAGGAGGGCCUGGACUGGGGCGGGCUGCGGCGGGAGUGGUUUGAGUUGAUAUGUGCACAACUGUUUGACAGUGAGAAUGGCCUGUUUGCCAAUUUGCACGAAGGACGGCAAGCCUUGGUACAUCCCAACCCUGACCGUCCUUCUCACCUCAAACUGAAACAUUAUGAAUUUGCCGGCCGGGUAGUGGGUAAAUGUUUGUACGAGUCAGCCCUGGGCAGCGGGUACAGACAGACCGUCCGGGCCAGGUUCACCCGGUCCUUCUUGGCUCAGCUGAUUGGCCUGCGGGUGCACUACAAACACUUUGCACAAGACGACCCAGAGCUGUACACAUGCAAGAUACAGCACCUGCUGGAACACGGUGUUGACCGACUGGAUGACCAGCUCUUCUUCACAGAUGAAGUGUUGGUGCCUUCAGGCCAGGUGCGCACCGUGGAGCUGGAGCCCGGCGGAGGCUCGCGCCUCGUCACCAACGAUAACCGUCUGCAGUACUUGGACGCCAUUGCCCAGCACCGCCUGGCUGCCCGGGUGAGGAACGAGGUAGAGGCUUUCCUCUCUGGCCUUAACGAGAUCAUCCCUGACAACCUCCUCUGUAUCUUUGAUGAGAAUGAGCUGGAGCUCCUCAUGUGUGGCACGGAGGAGUACAGCAUUGCAGACUUCAGGGCCAACCAUGUUGUCAACGGCUCCUCCUCUGAGUUUGGCCGUGUUCUUUACUGGUUCUGGACGGCCGUUUCCAACUUUACAGAGGAGGAGAUGGCCCGUCUGCUGCAGUUCACAACAGGCUGCUCCAGGCUCCCCCCCGGAGGCUUCUCGCAGCUCUCCCCACACUUUCAGAUCUCAUCAGCCCACACCUAUGGAGUGCUGCCCACAGCCCACACCUGCUUCAACCAGUUGUGCUUGCCAGACUAUGACAGUUAUGAGCAGUUUGAGAGAGCACUACUGCUGGCCAUUAAGGAAGGAUCAGAGGGCUUUGGCAUGGUAUAAUCUUCCUUGCCACAGCCCAGGUUUGCAGUGUAGGCUUUUACACCUCAGUUACCUUCCUCUCCUUUUGGGUUGUGACUCUGUGGGAGAGGAAGGCGAGGAGGGCAGAGCCUGUGGACGAUGCUAUAAACACAGAUUCUGGUUUACUGACAUGUGGCCUUUUCUGGCUCCGUUGUUUCCAUUUUAGUAACUCAACCUCACCAUAACAACUGAAAGUCCUCAAGUGAGCUGCUGUGGUGGGUGUGGGUGUGGGCGUGAGUGUGUGGAUGUGUGGGGUGGAUGGAUGCGUGUAUGUUAGGAGGGAUGCUUUUGUGUGCACAUGUAUACAUGUCUGCAUGUUUGCAUUAAAAACAAUGAACUUGAACUAGAAAACCAAGCAUAACGAAGUUGUCCGUGCUGUGAUAGCAAACUUCAUCCUCUUGAAGGGCAUAAUAUUAAAGAAUUGAUUGUUACCUCAGUGCAUUGGGUUUGUAGUACUUAAGCUCCUGAACUAAAGUGAUGCAUGUCAAGAAUGAACUUCAUGGAAAAGUUAUCAAAUAUGUUUGUUCCAUUUUCUCACCGUUAGAGUAAACAGUAGAGUGAGUGCUGCUGCUGUGUGUAGUGAUGGCAGGAGAAGGAGCUUGUAGUGCUGUGUACAGUCUGCUCCCACACUGAACUCUUGAAUGUCUGAGGUUUGAGCUCUCCAUAUUACUUUGUGGUUCAAGUAGUAUCAUGUGCAGAGUGUGGUAGUGGAGUGUAGGCUGCAGUUAUCAAUGAAUAUGGAAAGUUCUUUCAUUCCAGCAUGACAUUAGCAAUCUAGCUCUCUAUCUUGUUUGCAUCUUUAGACAUAUUUACCAUGUAUAUUUGGGUAUUAGUUGAGCACUCAGAUGAUAUAUAAUGAGUCAAAUAUUUUUGUUUCCUUGAGAUUAUUUAUAGCAUAAGGGAGACAGAGCAACUUUUCAGAGGCAAGAAACAUGAAGAAUGUAUUGAUGGUUAAUUACUAAUAAUGUAGUUUAUUGCAUUCAGACACCAAACAGCACUCUCUGAUUAUCAAGUUUUGUUUAUGUUCAGACUGAAGGUGCUGGCUCAGAUUUUUUUACAUCAUCAUGUGAGCGGCACCGUUGUGGUAUUCAUGACAAAUCUUUCUCAGACGGUGGAAAGCUUGCCAUGCAUUCAUGACCUGCUGAAUGUGACGCCAACUUAUGCCCAGGUAUAUGUAGUAGUUGUUAUUAGUGAUGAAAUGUAAGAAAAGUAAAAAAAUAAGUGACAUUGAUGAAGCGAGUUUGACGGCCCAUUGCCGGGCACAGCACUGUCUUUCAAUCGUCUGUAACUAGAGUAUCUUGAGCACAGGAUAUCUGCACUCACUUGAAGUAGAUCACAUUCCAAACUGUUGACCAAAAUAGAUUCAUUAACAAACUGUUAUGUCCUGUAAUGAUAGAAGUACUUGCAAUUAUAUGUAAGUAUGUAACAUAAACGUUGUCUCGCAUAUUCCAAGAAUAUGGAGUCAAGGAAUUAGUCUUUUUCUUACUCUUUAGAAGUACAACAAUGAUAUCUAUUGGUUGACACUUGGUGUGAAGGGUGUGAAGGUUCAGCCCUGGAGUGGCGGCGAGAGAGGUGAAGCAUCCACAGCCAAGGAUGAUGGCGGAGGAGCCUCUGUGAGGAGUCACCCCAAAGGCCUAAACACGAGACAAAAUGAUUGAAGCCAACACACACUCUAAGAAUAAUAUGAAUUAUUCAGUAAGAUUAACACUUAGUCUUGUGAGCCAGACAGACACAAACAUGGGGCAGUGAGUUGUCUGUCAUCUUUGAUUCCACUGAUCAUGUGCACUUUGUGUCUUCCAGUUAGAGUGGACCACUGCCAACAAUUUGCAAUGUAAAUGCAGUUACCAAGCACUGUUAUAGGGAGAUCCCUAAGAAGACUCAUAUAUCACUUGAUUUUGUGAAACAUAAAUCAAACAAAGUUAACCAUAUCUUAUAGUCUAGAAUUGUUGGUGAAGUGCUUUAUUGUAUUGACAGAAUUUAUGUACAGCUAUACGUAUGUACCAAAUUUUCCUUGUUUAAGAGACAUAUAUAUUGAAGAACCAAGCUUAAAAGAACACAAGUUUCUUAAAGAUUAAGUCGGAUUGGUGUAAUUUUAUAUUAUUUCUAAAUCAUUGGUGACCAGUGAGGAUCAGUCGACAAAACUGUUUGGGAGAAGGAAGAAGUAAGCGCUCGGUUCUCAAAGGCAGCAGCUGAUUUGCUUGUAUUCUCAGUAAUAGUUCUGUGGCCUGAGGCUUGUCAAGUGUUAUGUUUAGUGCCAUCAUAUUGUUAAACAAGUGUUCAUGGGCUGUUUUUUAUGAUCAUGUUUUCUAAACUUUCUGUCACACACUAAAUUCUGGUAUUAAUUUUAUCUUGUAACUCAAGCUUUCCUCGUCUUUGUUUUUCACUGUAUGCACGUCGUGUUGAUGUGCUUCCUGGAGCAAAGUGCAGUCCAUUGGCUAGCUCUCAUAGGUGUGAUAUUUGCCUUCACUGUUGACAGACCUUCAGAGGAACAAGUUCAUCUCAAGCGCCAGGCCUGACUCUGUGAUAUCUUUGGAGCUUUGGAGAGUGUGUCGUAUAUAUAGUUUGGUUUAGCACAGCCUGUACACAUAUAUGAUCAAAGGAGCAAUCUCUUAUUUUUCUCUCAUUUAGCAUAUCAUGUAUUGUUAAGGAGCACUCAAAAUAUUAUUAGUAAGUGCAUAUAAUGCAUCAAAUUGAAACUUUAUUGCUUUCAAUAACUUUUUUUAUGAGCCAGCUUAUGUUUUGAAUCUUUGCUUGGUAUUGUUCACACAAACACCUGUUGUCUAGCAUCAUGGAUUUUGAAGCAGCAAUCAAAGUAUCAGUUUUGAAUGCUUAGAAAACCUAAGCUGAAAAUAUAUGUUGUUUUCAGCAGCAGUGUAUCUGGUCAAAGGUUUUGUUAUUUUUAUCAACUUAACAUGACAAUAUUUACACAUGUUCAUGUUAAUUCAGCCAGUUAAUAUUGACUAACUAAAAGGACACCAGUGACAAUAGGUUUGCAUCCACGUGGCAUAAUGAUAUCCUUUUCUUCAUGGUAAUCAGCAUUCCUAAGUUAAUUGCAUUUAAAUAGUAUUUGUAUUUAUAUUUGUAAUAUGUUAAGUAUAUUAUUUUUCAUCAUACUUUUUCUGCUCAGGGUUUUGGUCCUUACCUGUAAUUAUUUUGUUCUGCAUUUUUGCUUGCCUGCGUGUCUGUGGUCAUAGAUACCGGACCCAGCAGUGUGUGUGGCUGUUGUUGAUGCAUUGUCUGGAAGGAUCAGUUCAAUUCCUCUCUCUGCUCUCAUAACUUACAAGACAAAAGUAAGCAGCAGGGGUGUUGAUUUUAUAGUCAACACCUUGAUAGUUUUGAAGUCUCAGUAGAAGCCAUAGCCAUAGAGCAGUAAAGCUUUCAGUGAAGCUGUCAACUAACAAGGAAAUCUGUCCUUUUUGAGACUUGUUUUCCUUAUGCACUAUUAGUGUGUGAUAACCAUGUCAGAAUAUGAGUAAUGGAUGAUCCUCACAUUCUUGUCAAACUUAUUUUUGGAUGGCAUUAAUAAUAUUGUUUUUUGGUGAGUUUGUCAUUUUGCUGCAUCACCAGUGGCUGUCAUUGGAGAUGGAACUGUCGUGUGUUUUAUUGGGUGCAAAGGAUCAGUUAUGGUGUGGCAGAAUGAAGCAACUUCCUUUGCUUCAUAUGAGUGGAUUAUAGUCAGUUUUGUUUCACCAAUACAUCUUUACUUUAGUUAUUCAGUAGGCACACAUCUAGUCAUUGAAAGUUACACACACACACACACACACACACACACACACACACACACUGUGAAACACGUUUUCAUGUAAAAUAUAAGUUUACUUGAUAUAAAAGCUAAUGAAGGAUCUAUUUGCGAUUCUCAAAACACAGCAAGCGAGUCAUGUAUAUAUAAAGUGUAUAUUCCAUAGAUGUAUACUGCAUAUUUAUUUCUUGUAUAAAGGUUUCAUUUAUAGGGAAAUGCUUGUUUUUUGUAAGACUUUAUAAAAUAUAAAAAAAUUAAGUUUGA